CACUAGGAGCUUCUCCAUUCUGUCAGCUCUCCGGGAACAUCCACGCCAAGACUGACACCCGUCGUAGCAGUGAGUGACCACACCUACGCCCAGGCACCAUGGAGUCCUUCAGCUCAAAGAGCCUGGCACUGCAGGCAGAGAAGAAGCUACUGAGUAAGAUGGCAGGUCGCUCUGUGGCUCAUCUCUUCAUCGAUGAGACAAGCAGUGAGGUGCUAGAUGAGCUUUACCGUGUGUCCAAGGACUACACACACAGCCGGCCCCAGGCCCAGCGGGUCAUCAAGGACCUCGUCAAGGUGGCUGUGAAGGUGGCCGUGCUGCAUCGCAAUGGCUGCUUUGGCCCUGGGGAGCUGGCUCUGGCUACCCGUUUCCGCCAGAAGCUGCGGCAGGGUGCCAUGACGGCACUUAGCUUUGGGGAGGUAGACUUCACCUUUGAGGCCGCUGUGCUGGCUGGCCUACUCACUGAGUGCCGAGAUGUGCUGCUGGAGCUGGUGGGGCACCACCUCACCCCCAAGUCCCAUGGCCGUAUCCGCCACGUGUUCGAUCACUUCUCUGACCCAGGUCUGCUCACAGCUCUCUAUGGUCCUGACUUUACUCAGCACCUUGGGAAGAUCUGUGAUGGGCUCAGGAAGCUGCUGGAUGAGGGGAAGCUCUGAAAGCCUGGGACCCGGGGCUUUCUACCGUGGCUGACUGGAAAACAACACAACGGGGGCUUUCUAACCCUGCUCUAGGCACUAAUGCUUUUCAACCCUCAGGCUUCAUUCUUUCCCAAGGGAGCCUCACCUGAGACCACUGCACCCAAACUGCUGGAGAAGAAGAUGCAGCGGGGGGGCUUAUUCCCACUUGAGCCCCAGCACAGGAAACAGCUGCCUUCAAAAGGCGAAGUGAAACUUGGAUCUCUAUUUCUCCCAAAAGGGACAUCUGAAACAGGGAAGCCUUCUCCCCUACACACCAAAGGGGACAGAACCCACAUAAACCCUCUGGGGACACUAAAGACAGAAGAGGGGAUGGUGGCUCUUGGAGACAUCUUAGCCCUGCAGCUCUAGGUAGAACAUGGACAGAUACCAGAGGCUCUGUCUCAGGGUGCAGGAAGGAGGGCAAGGGCAAGGGAGAGCCUCAGAGGGAAAAUAAAACUACUGAAACAUGCACAGGGCUCAGUGUUUAAUCUCUCCAGCUUCUACAGCGUAGGGUCAUCACAGAGGAAAGGAGGUAUGGAGACACCACUUAUCUCACCUCUCACCACUUCCACACAGGAGACUGAGGCAUAUUUCCAGUACAUUGAGGUUCCCUUGCCUACUUCUCUGUUUGAGAAACAAAAAACAAACUGUGCUGCAGAUCAGUGCUACAGACUGCAAAUAAAUACACAGUGAAGAUCAAGGCAUAGACAGGCUCUGGUGGGGAGGAUAUGCAACUAAGAGCCUCCCAAGCCAACCUCCUCCUUGAGCCCCACAGGACUCUCCUUCCACCCUCAGCCCCACUGCAGGCAGAGCACAGGACAGGUUAGAAGGAUGAAUUGGUGGAAUGGAGAGGUCAAGUCCCUACUUUGUUGUUUUUCUCAGAGCAAGGGUUGUGAAAAAGUUACAGGGAACUUGUUAGUCAAGACUGAGCCCAAAUCCUUGACCUUGCCAUCCUGGGUGUGACACCAGAUCGCUGAUUCCCUGUCCUCAGUAGCGUGCUCAGAAAGGAGCUGGGAGAAGAUGAGGAACCAGCAGCCACUGGCUCAGUGUUCCAGGUUACGGAAAUCCCAUUUUUCAGCUGAGAGUGGGAAGGAGUUAGAUAUAGCAAAUAAAUAUUACUCAAUAUAGCACCAAAUAAAUUAGAUAACAUAGUUGGAGCUGGGAAGUUGAAGGGGAGUCUCUGCUUCCCUGCUCUAAGGGCAGAAUACAGUGAAAAAGAUAAGAAAGGCAGCAGGGAUGUAAAAAAGCCAUCUGAAUCUAAAGGAUAACUCCAGAUUCAGCUGACAACUGGAAAGGGGUCUGAUUCUCAUCUCCUACUU